CGCGGAGCUCACGGCGGAGCGGCGGCGGCCGCGCUCGAGGGGCGCGCGGCGGCGGCGGAGGCGGCGGCGCGGCGCGUGAGGGGCCGCCUCGGGCCGAGCGGGCGCCGCCAACAUGUCGGAUACCAAGGUAAAAGUUGCCGUCCGGGUCCGGCCCAUGAACCGACGAGAACUGGAGCUGAACACCAAGUGUGUGGUGGAGAUGGAAGGGAACCAGACGGUUCUGCACGCUCCCCCUUCCAACACCAAACAGGGAGAAAGGAAACCUCCCAAGGUAUUUGCCUUUGAUUAUUGCUUUUGGUCCAUGGAUGAAUCUAACACUACAAAAUAUGCUGGUCAAGAGGUAGUUUUCAAGUGCCUUGGGGAAGGAAUUCUUGAAAAAGCAUUUCAGGGGUAUAAUGCAUGCAUUUUUGCAUAUGGACAAACAGGCUCAGGAAAAUCCUUCUCCAUGAUGGGCAAUGCUGAGCAGCUGGGCCUUAUCCCAAGGCUCUGUUGUGCUUUAUUUAAAAGGAUCUCUCUGGAGCAAAAUGAGUCACAGACCUUUAAAGUGGAAGUAUCCUAUAUGGAAAUUUAUAAUGAGAAAGUUCGGGAUCUUUUAGACCCCAAAGGGAGUAGACAGUCUCUUAAAGUUCGGGAGCAUAAAGUUUUGGGACCAUAUGUAGAUGGCUUAUCCCAACUGGCUGUCACUAGUUUUGAGGAUAUUGAGUCAUUAAUGUCUGAGGGAAAUAAGUCUCGGACAGUAGCUGCAACCAACAUGAAUGAAGAAAGUAGCCGCUCCCAUGCUGUGUUCAACAUCAUAAUCACACAGACACUUUAUGACUUGCAGUCUGGGAACUCUGGAGAGAAAGUCAGUAAGGUCAGCUUGGUAGACCUGGCGGGUAGCGAAAGAGUGUCCAAGACAGGAGCCGCAGGAGAGCGACUGAAAGAAGGCAGCAACAUUAACAAAUCACUGACAACAUUGGGGUUGGUUAUAUCAUCACUGGCUGACCAGGCAGCUGGCAAGGGUAAAAAUAAAUUUGUGCCUUAUCGGGACUCAGUCCUCACUUGGCUUCUUAAGGACAACUUGGGAGGCAACAGCCAGACCUCUAUGAUAGCCACCAUUAGCCCAGCAGCAGACAAUUAUGAAGAGACGCUCUCCACAUUACGAUAUGCAGAUCGAGCCAAAAGGAUCGUUAACCAUGCCAUUGUGAAUGAGGAUCCCAAUGCAAAAGUCAUCCGGGAACUGCGGGAGGAAGUCGAGAAAUUGAGGGAGCAACUCUCGCAGGCUGAGGCUAUGAAGGCCCCUGAACUGAAAGAGAAGCUUGAAGAGUCUGAAAAGCUGAUAAAAGAGCUAACAGUAACUUGGGAAGAGAAGCUGAGGAAAACAGAAGAAAUUGCACAGGAGAGACAACGACAACUCGAAAGUAUGGGGAUUUCCCUGGAGACAUCUGGUAUCAAGGUGGGGGAUGACAAGUGCUACUUAGUCAACCUGAAUGCAGACCCUGCUCUCAAUGAACUUCUGGUUUAUUAUUUAAAGGACCAUACAAGGGUGGGUGCAGACACCUCUCAGGACAUCCAGCUCUUUGGUAUAGGCAUUCAGCCUGAGCACUGUGAAAUUGAUAUUGCAUCCGAUGGCGAUGUUACUCUUACUCCAAAAGAAAAUGCAAGGUCCUGUGUGAAUGGCACCCUGGUGUGCAGUACCACCCAACUGUGGCAUGGUGAUAGAAUCCUGUGGGGCAAUAACCACUUUUUCAGAAUUAAUUUACCUAAGAGGAAACGGCGAGAUUGGUUGAAAGACUUUGAAAAAGAAGCAGGCCCACCAGAGCAUGACCUGGACGCAGCCAGUGAAGCUUCUUCGGAACCAGACUAUAACUAUGAAUUUGCACAGAUGGAGGUUAUCAUGAAAACACUGAAUAGUAACGGUGGCUUCCCAGUAAUAAGCCUGUCUGCCUGGUGGUCGUCCCCUUGGUGGUCCUAUUUGAAGAUUCUCUUCCCUCUCCUGUGGUUUCAGACGAAGCUCCUCCACAAACAGUGGGAUAAAGACCCAGUUCAAAAUGUGGUUCAGGUCCUGGAGAAACAAUACCUGGAAGAAAAGCGGAGUGCACUUGAGGAGCAGCGGCUCAUGUAUGAGCGAGAGCUGGAGCAGCUCCGCCAGCAACUGUCUCCUGAGAGGCAGCCCCGGAGCAGCGGCCCGGACCGCCUGGCCUGCAGCAGCCAGACCGCUCAGCAGAAGGUGACACAGUGGGCAGAGGAGAGGGAUGAACUCUUCCGUCAGAGCCUGGCAAAAUUGCGUGAGCAGCUUGUUAAAGCCAAUACCUUGGUGAGGGAGGCAAACUUCUUAGCUGAGGAAAUGAGCAAGCUCACUGACUACCAGGUGACUCUGCAGAUCCCUGCUGCGAACCUCAGUGCUAAUAGAAAGAGAGGAGCAAUAGUGAGUGAGCCAGCUAUUCAAGUAAAGAGGAAAGGAAAGGGCACCCAAGUUUGGACCAUUGAAAAGCUGGAGAAUAAAUUAAUUGAUAUGAGAGACCUUUACCAAGAAUGGAAGGAAAAAGUCCCAGAGGCAAAGAGACUCUAUGGGAAACGGGGUGAUCCUUUCUAUGAAGCCCAAGAGAAUCACAACCUCAUUGGUGUGGCUAAUGUGUUCUUGGAGUGUCUCUUCUGUGAUGUGAAACUUCAGUAUGCAGUCCCUAUCAUCAGCCAGCAGGGGGAGGUUGCAGGGCGUCUCCACGUGGAGGUGAUGCGUGUUACCGGAGCUGUCCCGGAGCGCGUCGUGGAGGACGACUCCUCGGAGAACUCCAGUGAAAGUGGCAGUCUCGAAGUCGUGGACAGCAGUGGGGAAGUCAUUCACCGAGUCAAAAAGCUGACAUGCAGGGUAAAAAUUAAAGAAGCAACUGGGCUGCCCUUAAACCUCUCGAACUUCGUCUUCUGUCAGUACACAUUCUGGGACCAGUGUGAGCCUACAGUGGCUGCCCCUGUAGUAGACCCGGAGGUGCCCUCCCCACAGUCCAAGGAUGCCCAGUAUAGCGUGACCUUCUCUCAUUGUAAGGACUUUGUGGUGAACGUAACAGAAGAAUUUCUGGAGUUCAUUUCAGAUGGAGCGCUAGCAAUUGAAGUGUGGGGCCACCGGUGUGCUGGGAAUGGUAGCUCCAUCUGGGAAGUCGAUUCUCUUCAUGCUAAGACAAGAACGCUGCACGACAGGUGGAACGAAGUGACUCGCAGAAUAGAAAUGUGGAUCUCCAUAUUAGAACUGAAUGAGUUAGGGGAGUAUGCCGCAGUGGAGCUGCAUCAGGCGAAAGAUGUCAACACGGGAGGCAUCUUUCAACUCAGACAGGGUCAUUCCCGGAGAGUGCAAGUCACAGUAAAACCUGUACAGCAUUCAGGGACACUGCCGCUUAUGGUCGAAGCCAUCUUGUCAGUGUCCAUUGGCUGUGUGACUGCCAGGUCCACCAAGCUCCAAAGAGGGCUGGACAGUUACCAGAGAGAUGAUGAGGAUGGUGAUGAUAUGGAUAGUUAUCAGGAAGAAGACUUGAACUGUGUGAGAGAGAGGUGGUCUGACGCACUCAUUAAACGACGAGAAUACUUAGAUGAACAGAUUAAAAAAAUCAGCAAUAAAAAAGAGAGAACUGAGGACGACGUGGAGCGGGAAGCCCGGCUUGUAGAGCAGUGGGUGGGGCUGACUGAGGAGAGGAACGCCGUGCUGGUGCCGGCUCCAGGCAGUGGGAUCCCCGGGGCGCCAGCUGACUGGGUCCCACCACCUGGAAUGGAAACCCACAUACCAGUUCUCUUUCUUGAUUUGAAUGCGGAUGACCUCAGUGCCAAUGAGCAGCUUGUGGGCCCGCACGCAUCGGGCGUGAACUCUAUCCUGCCCAAGGAGCACGGCAGCCAGUUCUUCUACCUGCCCAUCAUAAAGCACAGUGAUGAGGAGGUUUCAGCCACCGCCUCUUGGGACUCCUCGGUGCAUGAUUCCGUUCACUUGAACAGAGUCACUCCCCAGAAUGAAAGGAUUUACCUGAUAGUGAAAACCACAGUCCAGCUCAGCCACCCGGCUGCUAUGGAGUUAGUGUUACGAAAACGGAUUGCAGCCAAUAUUUACAACAAACAGAGUUUCACCCAGAGUUUGAAGAGAAGAAUGUCAUUGAAAAAUAUAUUUUAUUCCUGCGGUGUAACCUAUGAAAUAGUAUCCAAUAUACCAAAGGCAACGGAGGAGAUUGAGGACCGGGAAACGCUGGCUCUGAUGGCAGCAAGGAGCGAAAACGAAGGCACGUCAGAUGGAGAGACGUACAUCGAGAAGUACACGCGUGGCGUGCUGCAGGUGGAAAACAUUCUGAGCCUUGAACGGCUCCGGCAGGCGGUCACAGUCAAAGAAGCACUGUCCACCAAAGCCCGGCACCUGCGGAGGAGCCUCAGCACACCGAAUGUGCACAACGUCUCCUCCAGUCGACCAGACCUCUCUGGCUUUGAUGAAGAUGAUAAGGGUUGGCCGGAGAGCCGGCUAGACAUGUCCGACUACAGCUCCAGUUACCAGGAUGUCGCGUGUUAUGGGACUCUGCCCAGAGAUUCACCUCGAAGGAGUAAAGAAAGUAGCGGCUGUACAUCGGAGAAUCCUCAUGCCUUAUCAGUCAGCCCUUUUAAAGCAUUCUCUCCUCAGCCACCAAAGUUUUUCAAGCCCCUAAUGCCUGUAAAAGAGGAGCAUAAGAAAAAGAUAGCUCUUGAAGCAAGACCUCUCCUAAGCCAGGAGAGCAUGCCUCCACCUCAGGCACAUAACCCUGGCUGCAUUGUGCCCUCAGGAAGCAAUGGCAGCAGCAUGCCAGUAGAACACAAUAGCAAACGUGAGAAGAAGAUUGACUCUGAGGAGGAGGAAAAUGAUCUGGAAGCUCUGAACAGAAAGCUGAUAGGUUCACAGCCUUAUGUACCAGUGGAGUUUGCUGACUUCAGUGUUUACAAUGCCAGCUUGGAGAACAGAGAGUGGUUUUCUUCAAAAGUAGAUUUGAUAAACUCAAGGGUGUUAGAGAAAGAAGUGUCCCGUAGCCCUACCACCAGCAGUAUUACCAGUGGCUACUUUUCCCACAGUGCCUCCAAUGCUACUCUGUCUGACAUGGUAGUCCCCUCUAGUGACAGCACAGAUCAGCUAGCCAUUCAGACAAAAGAUGCAGACUCCAAUGAGCAUUCUGGACUCCCACUCGUGCAUGAUUUCAGAUCGUCCUCAAACAAAGAGCUGACAGAGCCAGAAAGAGGCUUGGUAAAGGAUAAGAUAAUUACGGUGCCACUCAAAGAAAACAGUGCCUUAGCCAAAGGGAGCCCAUCAUCCCAAAGCAUUCCUGAGAAAAACUCCAAAAUAUUCUGUAGGACUGGCUCAUGUUCAGAACAAGACAACUGCUCCAGCAAAAAUGGCCAAGCUGCCAGAGAAUUCUGCUCCAAGGAGGUGACCAUAGAGUACACCACAAACAUCCUUGAGGACCAUUCUUUCACAGAGUUUAUGGGUGUGUCAGAUGGGAAAGAUUUUGAUGGUUUGACAGAUUCUUCUGCUGGAGAGAUUCCAAGUAGGAAGAACCUCCCAAAUAAAAUGGACAAUAGGAGUGUCCCAGAUGAGCCACAGGACCCUGGCCAGCUGCAUUCCUUGGCAGAGAAUGACCAGGGAAGCAGGACCUCAACUGCUCGGUGAAAGGCUGCAAGCACUUCCUCUGCAGGCCCCCGCGUCUCCGUCUCGGGUCUCCUUUCCAAAGCACCAUCCUCAUCUUUAUAACAUGCAGUGGCCCAGCAGACCCUCAGACUGGCGUGGAGAAGCCAUGCACUCCCUGGGCCGCCACCUUCUGCUCCUGUGGGAGAAGAAGCAGCGGUGCUCUGUCACCUGGGUGAACCGACAGCUUCUGCUUCUUCCAGAAAGCCAGAGAACUGAAAAUUGUGGAUUACUUAAGUGGCAGUAUUUGUUUUUUUUGCACUUACUAUACAUCCCACUGUGUGGAAACCACAGAUUCAAACAAACUUAUUCUUGUACAGUUUUAAUCAGUUCUUACUGUAGAUUCUGGAGUCAAUACUCUAAUGUGUUUUUUUAUAAAUAAUAUAUAUUGUGUAUAUGAAAUGUGUAUCUAUAGUAUGUCUGUGUCGAGACAGACAAGACUGCACACUAAAAUGCAGAGAAAAGUGGUUUGUAAAAAAUCAUAAGGUACUGGACUUGGUUACAAAGCAACUUGGGCAAUCAUGUAUACAUGAGCAGAUGAAACAUGUAAUUGCCUAAAUGAGGUUGCGGAUCCCUCUUUGCAAAAAAGAUUACAGAAUGCCGUUCUUUAUAACCAAAGAACUUACAUAUGACUGGUCAAUUUUGCUGUCCACCCUUGUUUUCUGUGUACAUACAUGUUUGGCUGCAAGCUUGGUGCCGCACUGCCCUUGGCCACCAGGCCACACGCUGCCCUUCUGUCCUGUUUCAUAAGCACACUGAAAACUCUCACAGCAGGUUUCCUUGGUCUUCCACCUGGCCUGCCGCCUGCUGACCUGACAUUGCAUUGUAACCGUGACUGGGGCUCUUGGUUCAGCCCAGCAAGGCAGGCAGAAUGGGGAAAGCAGUAUUACUGUAAAAACACAAGGACAUACCAAGAGUUGGAUUGGGGUGGGGGGGGGUGUUGGUUUUUGUCUUUGUGUGGUUUCGUUUCGGAUUGGUAGGUUUCAUUGUGGUGUGGUUUUUACUGUUGCUAUUGUACUUAAUUCUGGACAAUGCUGAAGAGAUGGAAUGAGCUAUAAAGUUCACAGGUUCCCACUGCACCGUGUUUGCAGGAGGUGACUGAAUACAGAUGACCCUGCUGCCCAUGUCUUCAUUUAUAAAGUUCUCCUGCUAGUGGCGACAUUGGAGGGAUUACGUGUGCAGAAACUUUACCGAGGUGCUUCGUGUACCUGUUCUGUAGAUGCCUGCACAGUUGGUCUGGAGACACAGCAGUAAAUGUGUGUGUGUGUGAGAGGAGGUGUCCAGCCUGCUGUCCCUUUUCUCUGUAAGUUCUUAGCAUCAGUAAAUGAAUAAGAUAUUCGAGACUUUAAUGAAAAGCUGCUGUUCAUGAUUUUUGUGUAUAGUGAGCUGACUGUAGUAUUUUACUAUUGUCUGUUUUAAAAAAGGAAAACUGUAAUUUAUAUUCCCUUUCAACUUUAUUGUAUUUAAUUGGUACAGAUUGUGUGUGUCUUUUAGAAUACAGAUGGUCUAAUCCAGAUUUUAAAA